UCGCUUUCUGGGCUUGGCGAGCAAGUUCAUGGGACGAUGACCCAAACCGAGAGAAAUUCAAAACAUCCAAGUACUGCAUUUGCGACGGACCAUACUUAAUCACUAGAAUUUGUAUAAUGGACUCAAUCCAUUCCGGAUGUGUUCCUGUAAUCUUGUAUGAUGAAUAUGAACUGCCAUUCAAUAACAUCCUUGACUGGAGAAAGUUUUCUGUAAUAAUCAAUAAGGAUAUUGCUCAUCUGGUAGAGCAGAUCCUUGAAUCCAUAUCAGAUUCCAAAUUCAUUGAACUGCAUCACAACACAGUCAAGGUUCAAAGGCACUUCGAGUGGAAUUCACCUUCAAGAAGAUAUGAUGCCUUCCAUAUGAUAAUGUACGAGCUCUGGUUGCGUCACCUAGUCCUAGCACAGGCUUCUUAUUAGUCCUGAACUUGUGUACAUUCCGAAACACAAAGAUGUGCACAACUUAGUAUCAGUUACAGUGACGAGCACAAAUAUACCAUUUUCUUUACCAGAUCAAGUUCGAAGUUAAGGAAUAUGUGUUACUAGCAAGAAUUUGUUCCAUUCUUUGUUCAUUUUUGUUUUUGACGGC